AUGGCUCUCCCUCGAGGGUCGGCAGCACCGCCUCCCAUGGCCAUGCCAAUUACAGGCUACGCCGAUGUAUCAGAGCUGGACAAGUACAAGCUUGUCUCAAACAUCGGGAAGGGAAGUUUCGGCGUCAUCAGUAAAGUUCAAAGGGUUUCAGACGGCAAGGAGUUUGCUCUCAAGCAGCUGGACUAUAGCAAGAUGACGGACAAGGACCGCAAGCAGAUUUUGGCCGAAGUCGCUAUUCUUGAAUCACUGAAGCAUCGCAACAUUGUCCAGCUUAUACAAAAGAUCAAAGACCCAAAGAAUGAACGAAUCUACAUCAUCAUGGAGUUUUGCACUUCAGGCGAUCUCGGUACCCUGAUUCGCAGAGCUCAGCGCAACAACUCGUCCAUACCAGAGGACAAGAUCUGGAACAUUUUCCUCCAGAUUGUGCUGGCCUUGCACCACUGCCAUUGGCCCGCGGAGAGACAAGUGAAGUCAGGAGGCCGGACGAGUUCGGCGCCAGUUGUGCCGGAUGGGGGCGCGAGAUAUCAGGUCUUGCAUCGAGACUUGAAGCCUGAGAAUGUGUUCUUGUCUGACGAAUUCGUCAAGCUGGGCGACUUUGGUCUCAGUAAAGACAUGGGCACCGCCUCUUUCACCAGCACAUACGUCGGUACCCCUCUUUACAUGCCCCCGGAGAUCUUAGCGGAGAAUCGGUAUGAUACCAAGUCGGAUAUCUGGAGUCUGGGAUGUUUGGUCUAUGAGAUGUGUGCUUUGAACUCGCCGUUUUCCAACGCGCAAACACAGCAAGAGUUGAUCACGAUGGUCAAAUCUGGCAAGAUCCCGUCACUCCCCUCGCACUAUUCACCAGCGCUACGAAGUGUCAUCAAGGCCAUGCUCACGCUGAAUCCUGCGAAACGACCAUCAACGAAAGAUUUACUGGAAACAUCCGAGAUGAAGCUGCAUCGCAAGCUCUUCACUGUUCAAAAUCAAACGUCUCUCCUGUUUGCCAAACGCGACGAGCUCAAACACUUUGAAGACCAAAUCCGUUCCCGAUCCCUUGCCCUCGACACUCGCGAAACCGACCUUGCCUCCCGUCUGGCCUCCCUUGAAGCUAGAGAAGAGCUCUGUGAAAAGAGAGAGGAAGAAGGAAAGGAAACGCAGAGGAGGUUGAACCUUGCAGCGGAGAGCUUGAGGGGCCAGUGGGAGCGAUUUAGAGAGGAGAAGGAACAGCUGGAGAAGGAGAUGAGAGAGAGAGAAGCGCGAGGGAGGACAGGGAUGGGAUUGGGCUUGGAGGAUGUUCCGGAUGAGAAGUGUCAACCCCGGCCAGGGUUGACUCAGGUGUCUCGGCCACCUUUAGAGGAGCGCAACACCCUUCCAACUUCCGCUUCUGCCAGAUUCUCCCGUCUAUAUAUGGACACGCCCUCCAAAAUCCCUCUUCCCACGGCUAUCGCCUCUCCCACACCCAUAGACGGCCGUUUCGGCGCUCUCAAUCUCCAGCCCCGGCCAGCCACCCCUCUCCGCAGGGCGGCUACAAAGUCUAUGGGCAACCUGGCCGCUGCUGCUCGCGCACAAGCUACGGAGCAAGAGGCACAAUCACAGCAGCGAACUGGUGGAGCUAGUGGAUGGAAUGGUGCUUCUCAGGCAACGCCGGCGAGACAGCACAAUUUCCAACGCAAUCAGCGUACAUCCAUCGGCUCUCCAUCCGAGCUUCAGAGCGUAUACUGCGAAGACGUCUCUAUGGCUUCUGCCGUCCCGUCUCCUUGGCUCGUUCGCCCUCGCCGAUCGUCGAUCGUUCCCCCCACGUUCCAUUCCGAGCACAGCUCUGACUCUCUGGCAGAGGCGAAUACGGCUACGAGACCGGCUCCGCCACCACCGACGUUGAUCCCCGGUCCGUCUAGCGGGUUCGUGUGGAAAGAGGCGGCGACACCAGCCAAAUGGCAAGCCGAUGACCCAGAUCUGCCGAGUCCCUUCAUCCGGCGGCCAAUCUCCGUGCCUGCUCAACCCCAACUCCUCCCUGCCACAACAUCCGAAAGACAACCCCUGGGCGCUAUCAGCCCUCAGCAAGCUACAGCCUCCGGUCCCACAUCAGGUACAGCAUCAGGCGGGCUGAAAAAGAUCCCGAGGAGCAAGAGUGGCAAUCUGCAUCAACAUGUGUUGAAGCACAAUGCUGUGAUGGCGGGGCGGACGAGUGGAGAAGGGGUGGGGCAGAAGACGAGGGUGGGGGGUAGUCGAGUUGGAUGA